AAAUAAUUCCUUCUUCUCCAGUCCCAAACUAUACGCCGAGACAAAGAAACCCUAAAUAAUAAUAGAGACACUUCUCUCUGCACCAGCUCUCACUUUUCUCCUGCAAUUUGGACUUUGGUUUUUGAGAUCUCAGCCUCACUGAGAAAAGCCGAAACGGCUCGGAUUUGGUGGAGGAAUAUCAUCAGCACAGUCGGAUUACGAGAGUGAAUUGAAUGUAAAAUAGAGGAGGAGAAAGAUGGAGAACGGUUAUGAUGGAAAAUUGGUAGAUAGAUUCUCGGGCUUGGCCUUAAGCGAUUCGCCAUCCUCAGCCUCUAAUGAUGGAUUGUUUCAGGUCAUGAAAGCAGUCGAAGCUGCUGAGACCACCAUCAAGCUGCAGGUGGAAGAGAACAAUCGACUGAGGAUUGAACUUGAGAAAAAAGCUCAGGAACUGGCAAAAUAUAGACCAAAUGAAUUGGUGGGUCGAAGAUCUCAUCCAGUUGAUCCAGGUGAUGAACAUGUUCAUGGACUGUACAAAGCUCCUCAAUCAGUUCCUUCUGUAGGUAAUCAAGAAGACAGGAUUAGAAAUACCGGCAACACAUCUGUAGUUGGAGGUCACUCUGAAACCAGCACGUUUAAUGGAGCGCUGAAGGUUCAUCCUGGGAGUCAGGGACCUACAGAUGAUGCUGGCUUCUUUCAUGUUUCUUCGCCAUCUACAACAUCCUUUUCUCAUAGCAGGUACCAAGUUGAAGGAGAACAUGAUCCAAGGUUUAAUUCAUCUGGACAUGGGCUGAUGCCAAUGACUGAAGUAAAUAACCCUAGCAGUCUCUGGAAGCAGGAUCUUGUUCUUAAGAUUCAGGAACACGAGGAAGAGAUUAAGCAGUUGAGGAAACAGCUUGCUGAAUAUUCCAUCAAGGAAGCACAAAUACGCAAUGAGAAAUAUGUUCUGGAAAAACGCAUUGCUUAUAUGCGUUUGGCUUUUGAUCAACAACAACAAGAUCUUGUUGAUGCGGCCUCAAAAGCUCUUUCAUACAGACAAGACAUUAUUGAGGAAAACAUUCGUCUCUCGUAUGCAUUACAGGAUGCACAACAAGAAAGAUCAACAUUUGUAUCAUCUUUGCUGCCUCUUCUUGCGGAGUAUUCUCUGCAACCACCAGUUGCUGAUGCCCAGUCUAUUGUUAGUAAUCUCAAGGUUCUGUUUAAGCAUUUACAAGAGAAGCUUUAUGUUACUGAGACAAAGCUAAAGGAGUCUCAAUUUCAAUUGGCACCAUGGCGUUCUGAUGUGAACCACUCAAACUUUUCUCCACAGUCACCACCUCAUUCUAUUGGUGCAGCACUGACAACUUCUAUAAAAAAUGGGCUUGAACUGGUGCCCCAGCCUGCCUAUUCUCCUGGAAUGAUACCAAGUUCUUCUGAUGUGCAAACACCCUCCAAUUGGAAUAUACCGGGUCACGGUUUUGGUGGCAUGGCAAAAAAUUUGGAAUCCGAAGACUUGGGGAGGUAUUCGCCUCCUGCAAGCAGGAAUUCUGCUGCCCAAGAAGUACCUGCACAGAUCACUAGCACUCAUGGUGAUUCACGUGCUACACGAUAUAGUGAGGAAACCGCCAGCAAACAAGUAACAUUCAGUGAUCCUGUCAGUAGCACUGAGAUGGAUGAUCCAGAUGCUGAGGGACAUCAGACUGAAAGAGAACCUUCAACAAAUUGGGUUUCGGGAAGCUCUCCUUACACGGCCCCACUUGAGGAUCCCAGCUCAUAUUCUCCUUAUUUACCACCAGUUCUUGAAGAGCCUUCUUCAUCUUUUUCUGAAGCUGCAGAUGAUGAUCCUUUACCAGCAAUAAAGGAUCUCCAAAUUGCUGGUGAUGCUCUUCCAGGACAGGAGCUCCAGGCAUGUGGAUACUCUAUUAAUGGAACAACCAGUUGUAACUUUGAGUGGGUACGCCAUUUGGAAGAUGGAUCUGUCAAUUACAUUGAUGGAGCCAAGCAACCAAAUUAUCUUGUCACGGCUGAUGAUGUUGACACAUACCUUGCAAUUGAAGUACAGCCUCUGGAUCAUAGGAUGCGGAAGGGAGAACUUGUAAAGGUCUUUGCGAAUGAGCACAGGAAGAUCACUUGUGAUUCUGAAAUGCAGAGCCACAUAGAGAAGACCCUUGUUACUGGUCAUACUUCAUACAAAGUAUCCCUGUCGGCUGGAUAUCUUGAUAUAUGGGAACCAGCUACUUUGGCCAUUAAGAGGGAAGGUUACAGCAUCAAGUGUACUGGACCUAGUGGUGCUGUAGUCUCUGAGAAGUUUUCAUCAGCUACAAAUGUUAGCAUUCCUUAUGGACAUCCAGAAGAGUUCUUAGUUAUUGGUUCUGGCAGACUUCAGCAUCACUUACGAGUUGAAAACAUUUCAACUGAUGUUAGCUGUUCAAGAGAUGCAAUUGUACUUAUCCUGAGAUGCUUCAUCAGAAGGGCUGGUGAGAAAAGAAAAGGAAAGAAGAGAAGUAUAUUUUUUAACAAGUAAACGACAUUUGUUCAUCCAUCUGGGUGUGUAAUUACAUAGAUGAGGGCUGGGUUCAUAUUUUAGAUUAGGCUUGUGUACCAAUUUAUUGCAGGGAGGAAUGAGCUCCGAGUAGUUGUAUUUUGUUGUUGUAUGCAACGAUAAUGUGUUUGCACCCUCCUUGCUAUUCCUUUGGAUUUCACGUCUUCGUCUUGUGUUGCAAUGCUACAUUUCUUCAUUUUGCAAUGAUUGUGAGAUGAGAAUACAAUUAUAUGGCAAAUAAAAAUGCUGGAGUUUUAAAGAGGCUGA